UCGGCGUGUUUAUUUGAUUUUCGGCUUUCCGUCUGUCUGGAAGUGAAUUUAAAUAAUUCGCGCGUGUUGAUCGUCGAGAUUUGUUUAUUUCUAUUUUAUAUUUGUUAGUAUAGUGUGAAUUGGUUUUGGAAUUUGUCGAAAAAUAAUAAAAAGGAUAUGGGAACUAUUCCACAACUGUCGAUCAUAAAAGGGCCUACUAGGCCUCUGAAUCCAAAUUUUCUACAUAAACUCUUCGAAAACGUUGCCAACGGACCUUUUGGACACAACACAGCAUUAAUCUUUAACGAAAAUGAAAGCUUAAAGCAACAUACAUACCAACAAGUCGACAAAUUGACAAAUCAACUGGCCAGAACAAUUCAGCAAUCAAUCAUCAACAACAAUUUACCUAAGAACCAAGAUGGAGACUACAUCAUCGCUGUCAAUUUACACCCUAGCGAUAGCCUUGUGAUUACACUGCUGGCAAUAUGGAAAGCUGGAUGUGCUUAUCUGCCUCUGGAUCAUGCCUUCCCUGGUCCCAGAAUAGAGCAUAUUUUAAGAGAAUCCAAGCCAGUUAUGGUAAUAUAUGAUGAAGAUUCAACUUCUUAUAUGGAUACGUUCAAAAUAUCUUUCAAUGACCUCAUGCAAAGAAGCCUGGACCAACCAAACGAAACUCUAAGAGAAGAUGAAAUAGUUUAUCAUACUAAAGACGAUCUUGCCAUCGUUUUAUAUACUUCAGGCAGCACUGGAGUACCCAAAGGAGUCAGAUUGCCUCACAAGGUCAUCCUAAACAGGUUACAGUGGCAAAUCAAAAGGUUUCCUUAUAGUCAAACUGAGAAAGUGUGCGUUUUUAAAACGGCACUGACUUUUGUUGACAGUGUCAGUGAGAUUUGGGGUCCUCUGAUCAACGGAUUGACUAUUCUGGUGGUACCAAAAGUUCUGACAAAGGAUCCGGAAAAGUUAGCUAACCUGAUCGAUGAGUACCAGAUCGAACGUCUUGUGCUGGUGCCUUCCUUGCUAAGAAGUUUGCUGCUGUAUUUGAACUUGCAGAAAAACAGGAAAGCCCUGAGAUCGUUGAAAACAUGGGUCUGUUCUGGAGAAACACUUGCCGUAUCUCUGGCAGAAGAAUUCUUCCAGCACUUCGAGGAGAACCACCAUCAGCUUUGCAACUUCUACGGAAGUACGGAAAUAAUGGGUGACGUCACGUAUCACGUGAUCAACGCAGCUCAUCAAUUGAGGCACGCGGAAAAAGUUCCUAUCGGUUUACCGAUAGAUAACACAAUGCUAUAUCUGUUGGAUAAGGAUUUCAGACCUGUCAAAGCAGGAGAGGUGGGUGAAUUGUUCGUUUCUGGACUGAAUUUGGCUGCAGGAUACGUCAACGGAAGAGAUCCAGAGAAAUUUGUUGAUAAUCCUCUGGCAAUCGACCCUACCUUUUCCAAACUCUUCCGAACAGGAGAUUUUGCCAAAAUUGAAAAAGGAACCUUACUCUACGAGGGUAGAACAGAUUCCCAAGUCAAAAUUAGAGGCCACAGAGUUGACCUGAGCGAAGUAGAAAAAGCCGUAGCCUCUAUUGAUGGCGUUGACAAAGCAGUGGUCUUGUGCUACAAGCCUGGAGAAGUAAAUCAAGCUCUUCUCGCUUUUGUCACUACGCAGUCGUUACUCAGCGAGCACCAAAUUGAGAUAAUGCUCAGAGAUAAAUUGACGUCUUACAUGAUUCCGCAAGUUAUUCUGGUGGAGAGUAUUCCGUUGCUGGUCAAUGGGAAAAUUGACAGGCAGAGUCUUUUGAAGAUGUACGAAAAUACUAAUAAUAAUGACGAUUCUGCACCUCAAGUCGAUAUAUGCUACGAUGGAGUGCCUGCCCAUCAAAUGAAAGCUGCCAAAGAUCUGUUCGAAACUGUGGCUUCUGUCCUGGGCAGAAGUGCCAGGUCUGCUGUCUCAAUCGACGCUAACUUCUACGAAAUUGGUGGCAACUCUUUAAACUCCAUUUUUACAAUCUCCAGAUUGACGCAAAAAGGAUAUCAUAUAAAUAUCGGUGAUUUUAUAGCAGCUCUUGAUUUUGGAGAGGUAUUGCAGAGAAUGGCAGAAGGAACUAAAAUUGUUAAAGAAGCACCUAGCUAUACGUCAGAGAUGUUAAAAUCAGAGCACAAAGAAAUCGUUAGGGAUAUGAUAACAACCAGUUUCUACCAAAAAGCCGACCUAGAACAAUGGAUCAUAUCCGAUAUAUCCAUAUCAGACUACAAAGAACUAAUGGAUGCCCUCUGGGAACCCCUGCUACAGAAAAACCUAAGUUUCAUAGCUAAAAACGAGGAAGGCAAAAUAUGCGGAGUUGCACUCAAUUUUGACGCUCACGAUGAGCCGGAAGUUGAAAUCAAAUCAAAACUAACCGUGAUAUUUGAGUUCCUAGAAAGUAUUGAAGGCCCAGUAAGAGACAAACAAUUACCUCUGGGUAAAGGAAAAGUGCUGCACUCCUUCAUGAUGGCUACCCAUUCUUCAUUGAGUCCAAGGGAAAACGUUUCUGUGUUCCAGUUUAUGGAAAAUGAGGAAUUGAAGCUUGCCAGAAGUAGGGGAUUCGCGGGAAUAUUUACCACAAACACAAGUCCCUUAACUCAGCAACUUGGAAGUGAUGUCUACAAAUACCAAUGUAUGCUGGACUACCAAGUGAACCAAUUCGUAGCCAGUGAUAACACAAAGCCUUUUGGGCUAGCUCCAGACGACCAAAGAGCUAUAGUUCACUGGAAACCACUGGAAUAAGUAUUACAGAACCAGCAGUUACCAUUAAGACAUAUCCAAGUUUUCUUCAAAACAAAUAAAAUAUGUUUUUUCAUUGACGACUCGGACUAUGCUCAAUUUUAUUUGAAUCUAACUAUUUAGAUGUUGUUUUCAUUCAUUGAUAGAUGUUUUUAUGUCAAUAUUAACGAAUCAAUAAUGGUGACAUUUAUUCAAGAUAUUUUUUAAAUAUCUAACGGAAAGUAUUGAAUUGUGAUAAAAUUAUAAAAAGUUCCAAUUAUUUAUACAUUUUUCAUUCCUUUAUAUAUUAUAGAAUGAUAUUUUAACAAACUUCACUGUAAAAUAAUGUGAUUAUUAUAUGUAUUACUUUAUUCUUUUUUUACUAAAUUGUUUAAGGCAUGUUAUAAUUUGGAAUUGUUGCUCAAAUAUUUGGUUUAUAUUGUUCUAUUUUUAAUUACUAAGUUAAGCUUAAUGUUAGUUUAGGUUGUAUUAAAUUCGUCAUUAUUUAUUUAUUUGUUAUUAUGAAAUAUACAGUCUUCUACCACAAAUAAUCCAAUAAAUUAUUGUUAAAUGUUGUAUUACAUUAUACUAUAAAUAAAUAUAUAGUCGUGAUUAUUUUUA